AUGGUUGCAUUUAAAAAUGUAGAAAAGAUAUUUAGAUUGAUUAGAGGAACAACAAGAGGAAUGGAUGAACAUAUGAUGGGAAACAAAAUGAAGGAAAAGGGAAUGAGGUUUGAAGAGCGUGUGGCCACGAUGCUCAGUAAUCGAUUGGAAGCAAAUAUCAAAAGAAACGUUACACUCAUCGAUAAACGAGGCAAUCGGUCAGAGAUUGACAUUGUAUAUGGUAUCUUUUUCAAGACCUAUGUCGAAUGCAAAGACUAUAGUGUACCGGUACCCCUAAAAGAUGUGGCAAAGUUUAAAGAAGUACUUCGACUCAAUAACAUUGGUAUAGGCCGUGGACUCUUUAUAGCGUCUGGUGACUAUGUACCUCGCGCAAAAUUUGUAGAUAUCAAACUAUUGGAUGGUGAUCAACUUCGUCGACAAGAAAUAUUGGCUCCUUUUAUUGGUAUCAUCAAAUUUGCUUCUUAUCUUUCUCUUACUCUAUCUGGUUAUUUAUUUAUGAUUUUUGGUUAA